ACCCGAUAUAAGCUAAGGGGGGCUAUUCAGCAUUAAAAACGUGCUGAAAAAGCCGGCUUAUACUUGAGUAUAUAGGGUAUUUGUUUGUAGUUCUAUCAUUACCAUUAGAAACCUUCCUUCCAUAUCUGUCUUAACCAUGUGAGGGUGCCAGAGUUUGGGGAGAUAGAAUACCAGGCUAUUUCUUUUGGAAGAUCCCUCUGAUGCCAGUUCUUCUCCCGGUCGUUUUUGUUUUCAGCCUUACAGAAUCAAAGGGUAACAUUUCAGGCCAUCUGGAGACCCCUUGAAGGUUUCUUCCCAAAGGCAUCCAAGGAAGACCUUUUCUUUCCAUGGCUUCCAGUUUUCUUAAGAUUUCCUUGAGCCUAGCUAGUUCUUCUUCUGUUGCUGAAAAUCAUCCCCUGGAUGGAGGAAAAAGAAGGAAAGGGGGAAGUGGGCAAAGGGGAAAGGAGUUGGCAGGAAGGAGGCUUUGUGGCUGGAGCGGUGCCUGUCUUUGCAUCUCAUCAUGGGCUCUACCGAGGGAAUGCAUGGAAUGGAUGGAACGUAGUUCAGCAUGGACUCAUUUUGUGAAGAUCCCAACAAACUUCAAUUUGGUUUUGAAAUUAGCCAGUUGGAAAUGCAGGUCCUUGUGAGAUUGGAAGAUUCAUUUGGGAAAUGUGGCCGGAGUGACCCUUUGAGAUGCUGAGGAAACAGAGUUGGGAGUCCCUGUGGCAUGAAAGAUAACGACACAACCAAUAAAGAAAUCCUUGUUCCUUUGAGCAUUUAGCACAAUUCUGGUAAUUACCAUGAUCCAGAAUAUGUUACACCCUUGAAUGUUGGGAGGAGUUCUGCCUGCCUGCCUUCUGUUCCUUUAACCACGUUUGGGUCUGACCCAAUGAAAUGGCUGUGGCCCUCCAAUAUGGGGGAAAGGGUUCAGUUCCCUCCUUCCGUGAUUCCUUCCUUAUCUUAUCCCUUCCUUCUGUGUUUCCUCGCUUCCAUCUUUCCUUUCUUCUUUCCUUUUUCGCUUUGUUUGCCUUGAGCCAGAGGUAUGCGGAAAAAGGAUUCCUCUCAAGGGGCUGAUCCUGCAGAAUUCCUACAUUCACUUUGGAUUAUAGAGUACAACCAUAGAGUCGGAAGAGACUGCAUGAGGCACCCAGUCCAGGCCUCUGCCGUGCAGGGAAAGCGCAAAGUACCCUGGACAGAUGAGCAUGUGGUCUCUUUAAAGGAUUCCAAAGGAACCUCCACUACUUUUUGAGGCAGAGAGUUCCACCGCUGAACAACUCUUACAGUCAGGAAGUUCUUCUUAAUGUUCAGAUGGAAUCUACUUUCCUGUAAUUUGAACCCACUACUGUGAGUAAUCAGAAAGGGAAAAACAAGAAUCAAGUGUCCAUUUUGGAAUUAAAUGUACAUAGCACUGUUGACAUGGAGGAGAAAGCAUAUAAAUGUAUCGAAUGUGGAAAGAGCUUUGGUCAGCAUGGAAACCUGAAGACACAUCAAAGGACUCACACUGGGGAGAAACCCUAUAACUGCCUGGAGUGUGGACAGAGCUUUUCUGCUAGUUCAACUAUACGUAAACAUCAAAGGACUCACACUGGGGAGAAACCCUAUAACUGCCUGGAGUGUGGACAGAGCUUCACUGAGAAGGGACACUUACAAAGACAUCAAAGGACUCACACUGGGGAGAAACCCUUUAAAUGCCUGGAGUGUGGACAGAGCUUUUCUGCUAGUUCAACUAUACGUAAACAUCAAAGGACCCACACUGGGGAGAAACCCUAUAACUGCCAGGAGUGUGGACAGAGCUUUGCUCGGAGUUCAGGUCUACAUUCACAUCAAAAUACUCUCACUGGGGAGAAACCCUAUAACUGCCUGGAGUGUGGACAGAGCUUUGCUGAUAGUUCAGCUCUACGUCAACAUCAAAGGACCCACACUGGGGAGAAACCCUAUAACUGCCAGGAGUGUGGACAGAGCUUUGCUCGGAGUUCAGGUCUACAUUCACAUCAAAAGACUCUCACUGGGGAGAAACCCUAUAACUGCCUGGAGUGUGGACAGAGCUUCACUCAGAAGGGACACUUACAAAGACAUCAAAGGACUCACACUGGGGAGAAACCCUAUAACUGCCUGGAGUGUGGACAGAGCUUUGCUAAGAGUGGAGAUCUACGUUCACAUCAAAGAACUCAUACUGGGGAGAAACCCUAUAAAUGCCUGGAGUGUGGACAGAGCUUUGCUAAGAGUGGAGAUCUAUGUUCACAUCAAAGAACUCAUACUGGGGAGAAACCCUAUAAAUGCCUGGAGUGUGGACAGAGCUUUGCUCGUAGUUCACAUCUAAGAACCCAUCAAAGGACUCACACUGGGGAAAAACCCUAUAAGUGCCUGGAGUGUGGACGUAGCUUUACUCAGAGUUCAGCUCUACGUUCACAUCAAAGAACUCAUACUGGGGAGAAACCCUAUAAAUGCCUGGAAUGUGGACAGAGCUUCACUCAGAGUUCAGAUCUACAUAAACAUCAAAUGACCCACACUGGGGAGAAACCCUAUAAAUGCCUGGAGUGUGGACAGAGCUUUACUCAGAGUUCAGGUCUACGUUUACAUCAAAGGACUCAUACUGGAGAGAAACCCUAUAAAUGCCUGGAAUGUGGCCAGAGCUUCUCUCGUAGUGGAAAUCUACGUAGACAUCAAAGGACUCACACUGGGGAGAAACCGUAGAAAUGCAUGGAGUGUGGACAGAGCUUUUCACGGAAUAACAUUACACAUAGACAUCAUACAAUUCACCCUGGAGAGAAUAGUGUUAAUUGACCCCAGAGUGUCAUUCUAACAUGUACAAAAGCAACUCUUGCAUAUUAUGGAGAUGCAAGCUCAAAGUUGGGGCAUUUCAUCAAAUGUGGUGUAUUGUAGAAAGACUGAAUUAAAAUACGUUCCUUUCUGGAAGUAAUUAAGGUUAAAUGAAACUAGAGUUUUAUAUGUUGAGAAUGUUGGAUGAUGAAUUAGAAUGCAAACAUGUUUGGUCAUUCGCUUGUUUUGUUCUGAGCCCAAAGGGUGUUCAGGGAAGAGUGAGGUCUGUGAGAUCCAGGAGGCCCUUCAGAGACCACGUCUGGUUGCUUUGCUGGGAAGUCAUGCAAACACGUUCACACAAAAGGGAAGGUUGGAAGAUUUGGUUCAUACAGAUUUUAAGUUAAUAACUUUUUAAAAAAAGAAGAUAAAAUUUGGAAACUUGAAUUAUUAAGUCUGGAGUUGAAAACAUGACACAAUUCAGACAAUGGUUUGUGACACAACAACAACACUUCUAGUGAACUACAGCUCCCACCAUGGUGGGUCAGUUCCCCCCAAACCCCUCCAGUAUAUUAAGUUAGUCUUGGUGGUUCUGUGUGCCACAUUUGGUCCCGGUCUUAUUGUCGGUGGUGGUCCCAGUGUCUCUGGAUGCAGGUGAACUCUAAAUCCCAGUAUCUACAACUCCCAAAGCUUACCAGUCUUCCAAAUUGGCCAUAUCAGGUAUGCUUGCCAGGCUUAUCUUACCUUUGAUACACAAGCACCCAGGCUGUUCAGGACACUAUACCUCCCUGCUACUUGUAGAUACUCAUUCAGCUACAAAUGACAAUGUUGCAAAGUUUUGUGCAUCCAAAAUGCGCCAGGGGAUGUCGGGUCCCAAAAGUUACCUAUGUCUCCAGUAAUCAUCUCUCUUGGUUCUAUAACUGGCUGAUGGGCCUCUGCGUUGUAUGUUUUUGCCCUGUUUCCCCUUCCGCUUCCCCCCCCCCCCCCUCGGUUAUUGUGCUUUAGUAUCUUUAUAUUUUAAAUGUACUAAACGUACCAAGUUUGUAUGUAACUGUGACCUUUAUUUCCUGUGCUGGUCUAUGACCGAAAUAAAUGAUGUGAUUUGAAA